ACAAUCCGAGUCAGCUGACUUGCUUUCACCGGGCUGUGACAGACCCUCGCAGCUUUUAACGGGUUACUGCAGCUGUAUGUGAUACAUCAGGGUUCAUUCAGUGACUUCUAGUCUGUGCUGAGUCUCCAUCUUCUUCACUUUGACUGUAAUCCUUCAGGCAGUGCAGCGGGCAGUUCAGGAGCUGCUCCAUUAGCGGAGGCUGGCAACAGUGUUUAACUUCUAAAGCAACAUUCAGGAGACUUUCUGACGAUGGAGAAGGUUGCUAAAGCUUCAUGGAAGAUUUAAAUAACCAGCGAAACUAUAGUAAUGGGCUGAAGAGAAGAGAACUGAAGGGACGAUCGAGAAGUCUGGAAGAUCUGGACAGAUUGUGGAAAGAGCCACUGGAGAAGCGAGGUUUGAGGGAGUGCCGGCUGCUGGAGAACCUGAAUAAAAUGGUCCAGGAGGCAAACGAGCAAAUGCUGCCCUCUAAUUUAGAGGAAAUGAGCCAGAAACUGUCUGACAUCAGUAAGCGCUUGGAGGCUGCUAAUCACAUGGCAGAGAGAGUCCAGCAGAGGGAGCUGGAGGCACAGCAGAACACCGGGCUGCAGGCGAACAUGGAGAAAUUAAAAGAGGACUGGGCUGAGUUUGUGAAGGAGCAGCAGAGAUUAAAGGAAGAGGUGGAUGAGGAGCACGCUAAGGCUGUUGGAGAACUCAGCUCUCGCUUUAGUGAAAAGAAGAAGGACUUGGUACAAUUUUCUCUCUGACCACUUUUCUAUUGUAUGAACGGUUAACAUUUGUUUAUCAAACUUGUACUUGGUGUUGGCAGAAAAACAGCCAAUAGUCACUGAUGAUGAAUAAAAAGGUCAAAUGUGA